GAGUGUGGGAGCAGAAAAAUCCAAAGAAUUGAAGAUUAGAGAAAUGGGAGUGGAUGUGGAAGGUUUCCCUGUUAGUAAGAAAUGUACACAGAAAAGAAAAGGCCUCUGCAGCAUGUGGAUAAAUAAGGAGUUUCACAGUGUGGCUGAGGAAAAAGAAAAAAAGCAAUCUGAAAAGAAGAAAGCCUAUGAUACAGAGAGCUGCAAGUGAAAAUGAAGCGAGAGAGAAUGACUAUGAAGGUAGUAAGUUGAGUUAAAAAGAAAAAAGAAAUCAAAGCAAAUAGUAAGAAGCAAACAAGCUCGUGAUACUCUCUGAGGCCACAAAGAGUGUGAGGAGGAGAGUGGCAGGUUUCUGCUCAUUGCUGUUUGUUAAGUGAUUCAGACUGUGGAUAACAGAACAUGAGAUUUUACCAGAUAAGAGCACGGCUUUACUCAGGAAGGAAGAAGAGAAAAAGAAACAACAAAUGCAAUGACAGGAAGAUGCAUUUAGUGAAAAAGAAGAAGAGAACAUGGCAUGGAAUCAGGACUGAGAAAACAGCAAGGAAGGAGUCACAUUGUACCCAUAUGAAUCACAGCUAAAAAGAGAAUAGGACUGUUGACAUCUCAGCAGCCACAUUGACAAUGAAGUUCAGCAACUUCAGGUGAUAUCAGGAUACCCUCUAGGUCUGCAGUUCUCAAACUUUUGUUUUCACAGACCACUUGAGUAUUGCUGAGGGUCUUGGUGGACCACUUAAUCUCUGUCAUCAGAAAAAAUAAAUCUAUGACUACCUGAAUGGAGCUUGUGGACCAGUGGUGGUCCACGGGCCACAGUCUGAGAACCUCUGCUCUAGGUUACAAAGGAAGGGAUCCACAAAUAUUCUCAGAAUACUUUAUGCCAUUUUGUCUGAUACCUUAUCAAAUGCCCUGAGGGGAUGCAUUCUUUCAGAGGGAACGGCAAGGGUCAUUGUGACAGAUCAGAAAGCUAGUAGAAGACUAUACCAUGAAUGUGGUGAUAAGUGGAGAUUUUAGCUGAAUAAAGGCAAAGAAGCUUUCAGAAGCUGCCCCUCAUUGAGUCACUGGAUUUUACAAAUAAAUGAAAAUGAAAAGAUGUGCCAUUGUUUGUGCUUACUAACCCUUGGGAUUGCCCCUUAAGGAGCAUAUCUUUUAGAGAAAACCCAUCUAAUCUGAUGUAAAAAAAAAGAACUGAAAGCAUAAUCUACCAUAAUUCUGGAUGUUCCCAGGACUCAAUCUAUGAUCACACAUCUUACUUUAAGCUGUGUGGUUGCUCGGGAACCAGCAGCGGGAAGGAGAGGAGGCAGCACACGUGUGUCCCGCACGCACGUGUGCCCUUCUUACCAACCAACUGACCGGAGGCGGCGGCGGCAGCAGCAGCAACAGAGUAAUCGGCAGCGGGGGCAGCAGCAGCUGAUCCCCCGAAGGUAAGUGGGGCGGAGGGACCCGGCGCAGCUGAGCCGGAUCCGGAGGGGAAGCCCCCCGGGUCCCAUAUAGCUGAGCCGGUGGGGAGCUGCGCUCCAGAGCCGCGCGGCGCUCCAGAGCGCGCAAACAGGGAGGGCUAGGAAGGGGACUGUCCCCCCAGGCCAGGGGGCACCCCCGGGGCUAACCCUUGGGGGAGCAGGCUCCUGUGGCAGCGGAUCCCCCCAGCGGGGGAGCGUAGGGACAGAACUGCCGGCAGGCACUUCCGGGUAGACCGGGGCGCCUGAUUGGCCGUUGUAGCGGGGUGGGUAAUUCAAACCGCGGGCUUUAAAGCCACGGAGUGACGUAGUUCCCAGCACUCGGGAACCAGCAGUGGGAAGGAGAGGAGGCAGCACACGUGUGUCCCGCACGCACGUGUGCCCUUCUUACCAACCAAAUGACCGGAGGCGGCGGUGGCAGCAGCAGCAACACAGGAAUCGGCAGCGGGGGCAGCAGCAGCUGAUCCCCCGAAGGUAAGUGGGGCGGAGGGACCCGGCGCAGCUGAGCCGGAUCCGGAGGGGAAGCCCCCCGGGUCCCAUAUAGCUGAGCCGGUAGGGAGCCGCGCUCCCAAGCCGCGCGGAGUGAACAGAGCGCACAAACAGGCGUGCUUUGUGGGAGCAUGCCGGCAUUUGCGCAGGCGUUCGUGCCGGAGGGCGGGCCAGGAGGGCCAGGAGUGGGACUCCUGUAGGGGUAGGGCGUAGACACCACGCAGGUCUACAACCAGCAGCUUGUAGAAUGGUGUCUACGAGGAGUACCGCUAGGGCCUCUGCCCAGGGGGACAAGGCUACUCGGGGCAGGUCUGAGGCCUCCACCCAGACCGAGCCCAUGGGGGAGCCGGUGUCCCCCUACCUCCUGGCCUGUGGGGUAUCCCCAGAAGGGCCGGGGGGGGGCAGAGAUUGGGGGCACCCACACUUGUCCGGCAGGUGCCCGUCUUAGGGCUCUGGAGGCGCAGGUGAGGGAGCUCCGGGAGGAGGUUAGCAGGCUGAGGGGGAUCAGGGAGGCGGAGGAUGAAAUUGAUAGUUAUUUCCUUUCCCUGCAGGCCCAGGCACCAAAGGAAGAAGCACCCCGGGGAAUACCCUCCACAGCAGAGUGGCAGACGGUCACAGCCAGGACCGGAGCGGCACACAGCGAACCGGUACCAGCUUCUCCAGUCCAACUGGUGAACAGAUCAAGAGUUCCACGAUGACCCAGAGGAGGAGGCGACGAGUGCUCAUCAUAGGAGACUCCAUCCUGAGAGGUACGGAAGGACCCAUCUGUCGCCAGGACCCCUCGGCACGAGAGGUAUGCUGCCUCCCUGGAGCAAAGAUUCGGGAUGUGACGCAGGUAAUCCAGGCCAGGAUCAAGCCCACCGAUUAUUACCCCAUGGUCCUAGUCCAUGUGGGUACUAAUGAUGCGGCCAGGAGAACCCCCGAUCACCUGAUGGCGGACUACUGUGCUCUGGGUGGCGUGCUGAAGGAGUUCGGUGCCCAGGUGGUUUUCUCUUCCAUCCUACCAGUGACCGGACGAGGAAGACGGCAGGAGAACUGCAUCAGAGAGACCAACUGGCGGCUUCGGCAGUGGUGUCUCGAGGCAGGCUACGGCUUCCUGGACAAUGACCCGCACAUCACGACGAGGGACAUGCUCAGCUGGGAUGGGCUUCACCUGUCCCCCAAAGGUAAGCGUGUGUUUUCUACUAGGUUGGCGGAUCUCCUCCGGCGGGCUUUAAACUAGGCUCGUCGGGGGGAGGGGAGUACGAGGGCAGGGGAAGCUGUGGACCACCAAACCAUGUGGCACCCACAAGGACAGCCCAGCCUGAAGAAGGAGAACAUUGGGAACCUGAAAGCCAUGGGGAGGCCAGCACUACAGAACAGGUAAGAAACAAGAAGGUAAGAAACAAUGGGCCCCAUGGGACUUGGAGCGGGGAGGCAGCAAAGGCACCAGUCGCAGGGCUCAAGUGCCUAUAUACUAAUGCUAGGAGCAUGGGGAACAAGCAGGAUGAACUAGCGCUCCUGCUUGCACUAAACACCUAUGACUUAGUGGGGCUAACAGAGACCUGGUGGGAUUCAUCCCAUGACUGGGCGGUACAUUUUGAGGGCUAUAGAUUGUAUAGAAAGGACAGGUCGGGGAAGAAAGGGUGGGGGGUUGCACUUUAUGUCAGUGAGCAAUACACAUUAACCCUCAUCAAGACAGAAUCUGAGGUUGAGGAAGUAGAAGGAUUGUGGGUUAGGCUACAUGGGGGGCAAGGAGAAAGGGAUUUGGUGGUAGGGGUCUGCUACAGACCCCCACACCAAGGGGAAGAAAUAGAUGCGGGGCUCCUGAGGCAACUCUCGGAGACCAUAAAAGCUAAAGAGGCGGUAGUCAUGGGGGACCUAAACUACCCGGACAUCUGCUGGGAGACGCAGACAGCAAGGUCCCAUCGCUCACGCAGGUUUCUAACUUGUGUACAGGACCUCCACCUGAUACAGGAGGUGCAUGGUCCCACUAGGGGGAAUGCCAUACUGGAUCUGGUAUUGGCAACGGGAGAUGACAUGAUAGGGGACCUCCAGAUCGGUAGCUAUCUGGGAGACAGUGAUCACCUUAUAAUAGAAUUCAACAUAAGAUGGCGAGUGGGUAAGGUAACUAGUAGGGUGAAAGUGCUAGACUUUAGGAAAGCUGAUCUCAAUGCACUCAGGCGAUUAGUCAAAGAAGCACUGCAGAGUAGGAGUUUUGAUGGGAUAGGUGCCCAAGAAGGGUGGCUGUGCCUAAAGGAAACGAUCCUUCGGGCACAAAGCAAGACGAUCCCCGAGCGAGGCAAAAGAGGGAAAGGGGCCAGGAGGCUUCCAUGGCUGACCAGAGAAAUCCAGGGCAGCCUAAGGGCCAAAAGGGGAGCACAUAAAAAGUGGAAACAGGGUGAGAUCACUAAAGAUGAAUAUACCUCCUCUGCUCGUGCUCGUAGGGAGGCAGUUAGGCGGGCCAAAGCUACCAUGGAGCUGAGGAUGGCAUCCCAAGUAAAGGACAACAAGAAAUUGUUUUUUAGAUAUAUUGGGAGUAAAAGGAAGGCCCAGGGAGGAAUAGGACCCCUGCUAAAUGGGCAGAAACAAUUGGUGACAGAUAGGGGGGACAAGGCUGAACUCCUCAACGAGUUCUUUGCCUCAGUGUUCCUAAGCGAGGGGCACGACAAGUCUCUCACUGGGGUUGUAGAGAGGCAGCAGCAAGGUGCCAGACUUCCAUGCGUAGAUCCUGAGGUGGUGCAGAGUCACUUGGAAGAACUGGAUGCCUUUAAGUCGGCAGACCCGGAUCAGCUCCAUCCAAGGGUGCUGAAGGCACUGGCCGACAUCAUUGCAGAGCCACUGGCGGGAAUAUUCGAAUGCUCGUGGCGCACGGGCCGAGUCCCGGAGGACUGGAAAAGGGCUAACGUGGUCCCCAUUUUCAAAAAGGGGAGGAAGGAGGACCCGGGCAACUAUAGGCCGGUCAGUCUCACCUCCAUCCUUGGUAAAGUAUUUGAAAAAAUUAUCAAGGCUCACAUUUGUGAGAGCCCGGCAGGGCAAAUUAUGCUGAGGGGAAACCAGCAUGGGUUUGUGGCGGGCAGAUCGUGCCUGACCAACCUAGUCUCUUUCUAUGACCAGGUUACGAAACGCCUGGACACAGGAGGAGGGGUGGAUGUCAUAUACUUAGACUUCAGGAAGGCGUUCGAUACUGUAUCCCACCCCAUACUGGUGAACAAGUUAAGAGGCUGUGAUGUGGAUGACUGCACAGUCCGGUGGGUGGCGAAUUGGCUAGAGGAUCGCACCCAAAGAGUCGUGGUGGAUGGGUCGGUCUCGACCUGGAAGGGUGUGGGCAGUGGGGUCCUGCAGGGUUCGGUCCUUGGACCGAUACUCUUUAAUGUCUUCAUCAGCGACUUGGACGUGGGAGUGAAAUGUACUCUGUCCAAGUUUGCAGAUGACACAAAGCUAUGGGGAGAAGUGGACACGCCGGAGGGCAGGGAACAGCUGCAGGCAGACCUGGAUAGGUUGGACAAGUGGACAGAAAACAACAGGAUGCAGUUCAACAAGGAGAAAUGCAAAGUGCUGCACCUAGGGAGCAAAAAUGUCCAGCACACCUACAGCCUAGGGAAUGACCUGCUGGGUGGCACAGAGGUGGAAAGGGAUCUUGGAGUCCUAGUGGACUCCAAGAUGAACAUGAGCCGGCAGUGUGACGAAGCUAUCAGAAAAGCCAAUGGCACUUUAUCGUGCAUCAGCAGAUACAUGACAAAUAGGUCCAGGGAGGUGAUACUUCCCCUCUAUAGGGCGCUGGUCAGACUGCAGUUGGAGUACUGCGUGCAAUUCUGGGCGCCACACUUCAAGAAGGAUGCGGAUAACCUGGAGAGGGUACAGCGAAGGGCAACUCGUAUGGUCAAGGGCCUGCAGACCAAGCUCUACAAGGAGAGACUAGAGAAACUGGACCUUUUCAGCCUCCGCAAGAGAAGGUUGAGAGGCGACCUUGUAGCUGCCUAUAAGUUCAUCACGGGGGCACAGAAGGGAAUUGGUGAGGAUUUAUUCACCAAGGCGCCCCUGGGGGUUACAAGAAACAAUGGCCACAAGCUAGUAGAGAGCAGAUUUAGACUGGACAUAAGGAAGAACUUCUUCACACUUCGAGUGGCCAAGGUCUGGAACGGGCUCCCAAGGGAGGUGGUGCUCUCCCCUACCCUGGGGGUCUUCAAGAGGAGGUUAGAGGAGUAUCUAGCUGGGGUCAUCUGGACCCAGCACUCCUUCCUGCUUAUGCAGGGGGUCGGACUUGAUGAUCUAUUGAGGUCCCUUCCGACCCUAACAUCUAUGAAUCGGGUCCUACUUGCACAGAUGUUUGCUGGUGCUGGGAGCUGUGCUGGGAACAUCAUCUAAGUAAGUUGGGUGGGGGGCCUAGGAGGUCCAUAGGGGAGUUGGUGGGUCUGUGUGGGGUAGAGGGGUGGGGGCCUAAAAAUAACUUGAUAUGGGUGGGAAGUGUGGAAAAAUGCUGCCCUGGGGCUAAGGCGAGCAGCUGGACUUUCGUCCCAAGCCUGUGUUCUGAAUGUGUGUAGCUGUUCCGACUGAGCUAAUGCAUAUCUGAUCUAACUUACUGCACCUCCUCAGGUGAAUUAAAUUAGAUUGGGCUGGCCAUGUUUUACCUGACCUCCUCAAACACAUGUACAGAUUAACACUUAGAUUGACCUAACCCUAGUUAGGUUAAUCUAAGUGUAAUAUCUACACAUACCCUUUGUCUGCUAGAUCAAAUUUCUUACAGGCUAUGAUCAAACAACCUCCUUGAACCUCUCUUUGUUAAGCUAAACAGACUGGAGAUCUGCUGAAAAACUAAAUCUACAAAGGAAGUGAAUUUAAGUCCCUAACUAUUUUAGGUACUAAAUCUAGCAUUUAAGGACCAGACUUACAGCAGGGCACACAGGACAGUUUCUCCAGGCCCUGCCCUGCUUGAUGCACUGCAUGUUGAAAUAAUCCUUGAAAAAAUAUUUUUUUAAACUAUGAAAUAAAUGUCUUCUCCUGAUCUCUUGUUCUGGGCCAGAUCUGGGAGGGGUUUUUACAAUUCCUAUUGGCUAUAAUAAGAGAUGGGAGAGGUUCUCUUUCCUAAUUUCUCUGUCUCUCUCUUGAGUAAUUUGUGAGAAAUGACUGACCUGGCUUACAUACUUACCUACAAGAAAGAGAUCAUAACUGAAAAUCCUGCCCUGUACCAAGGAGCUGAAUUAGGUUUACGCAGACAAUAUCUACUGUGGCAUUUUCAUACUUUUCAGUUUGAAUCUGCAACCUCAAAAAUGUUCUUUUAACUUGCAUGUACUAUUUGUGUGCAAUAUGGAGAGGUGUAGGUGUAUGCGCCUAUAUACAUCUAAAACAGGUACUUUAUUUUUAACAAUACCUUUUGAGUAAAUAUUUUGAUUCAUAAAUCAAGUUAAAAUAAUGAAUAAUGACCCAGAACUAUCCAUGGGUCUAAUUUAAAAUUAUGUUGUGAUUAAAUACUUCUCUACAUUUGAUGGAAAUGUAUUAGAUGGCAUGUUGAUAGACAUGACAGAAAACCCAGUGUUAGAGAGUGUGGGUGUAAUGUCCUUAAGUAUUCAUUUUCUUGCUUUAAAUAGGUGGGAUAAAAUCCUGGCCUUGAAGAAAGUAGUGAAACUCAGAAUGAUUUCACUGUUCUUUUCUUUAAACACAAUAAUGUGUUAUUACCAUGUUACUAGAAGCAAGGCAGUGUGGCUCCUUAUACACUAAUGCAUUGAGAGAGGCAUGAGCUUUCAUAGGCUACUGCCCACUUCAUCAGUUAUUAUUCCUAGCAUCUGAUGAAGUUAGCUAUAGCCUGAGAAAGUUCAUGCUCCUCUGAAUGAGUUUGUCUAAAAGGUGUCACACUGGCUGGCUUUUACUGUGUUGCUAAGUAGCAACCUUAACUGGCUUUUGAAACAAUAAACCAAAUUGAUCUUGCACUAAAUUACAAUUCAUGGUUUUUUUCUUAUAUUGUACUGCUUUUCAAAUAGUAAUGCUGUACAAGUUACUACAUACAAAAUAAGUUCACUUUCUCCAAGUAUGUCAUACAUCACAGACACCAUUUUUAAAGCCAUCAGAUAUAAAAACCUUUUCAUAAAGCCUAUACAAUAACAUUGUCUAGGCAUAAAAAAUGAUGUAAAUUUAUUCUUAAUACAGCCUCAUGUAGAAGAAGAAAACCCCAGGCCUUAAUUUGUGUUUAAGAAGUGCUUUGUGGAAUUUUCCAUAAACACUGAGCAGACCUAUGAGGUCAAUAGGUCAAACCAGAAGUUUUCCGCUCUUGCAGCUUUGUGGUUCCAACUAGUUCUCUGUUCAACGUGUUAUAUCUUGUGUCAUGUGACCUGAAAUUGAAACAUAUGAAAGGUUUGCUUUGAUUGUCUGUGGUGGAGAGGCUCAGUGCCUCCCCCCUGCAGCUGCUUGUAAAUAAAGGGUCUCUGACAACUUUGUGACCAAACAACAGGGGGAAGCUUGUUUCUUUCACAAUUCUUGGUGCCAUGACUCGGAUGGCAACACCUGGCUGAGAGUACCGACAGGCUUGCGGACCGUUCCCCUCCGAAACACCGGGUGCCAAAUCAAGGUCCAAGAAGCUUUACCUCAACCAACGGAUGUUCCCUAUCACCACCUCGAACCAGGUGAUUGCAUCUACGUAAAGG